AUGGUUGUCGUCAUUGUCUUCUGUCAGGUGGCUGUAGAAGUCUCCAUGGUCAUCAGCAGACUCAUCAUCAUCCUCUGUGUUUAUUCUGCCGGAGAGAACAUCCUCAAUCCAGUCCUCAAGCUCCUCGGCAGUGGGCAGCAAAUGCCACCAUGGACGGCUGUUAGAGUUUCUACAUGCUUUGAGUACUUCGAGACUCUUGAGAGUUUGGCUUACAUCUGUGACGUUGACCACACCAAUCUGAGGACUGAACAAGUCCAACUUGAAGGUUUUUUCCCAGUGGCGGGCAUUUUGGUUGAGCAGGGCAGGGGGGAAGGCAUAUGUAGGAGCACAGGUGAGCCAAACGAGGAAGGACUCAGGUGUGGGAGCACAAACCAUUCUUACCAGCAGCAGACAGCAGCAGACAACAGCAAACCACAGCAGACAACAGCAACAGGACAACAGGAAAUCAUGGACAAAACCUCUGAGGCGGUUGCAGUGUACACUCAAUGCAGCUCUGCCAACUGUAGCUGCCAUCUAAGGGUCCUUGAGCAAGACCUGGGUCCCUUUCAAGGAGGAAUUUCUAAAGAUCUCAUGGCUCGGACAGUUGAAAGAGGAGUGGGCACCCACUACCAGAUCAUAGAUCAUAAAUUGUACAGGGAACACAACUGCAUGUUCCCAGCCAGGUGUAGUGGGGUGGAGCAUUUCCUAUUAGAGCUGAUUGACAGGUUACCUGAUGUAGAGAUGGUGGUAAAUGUCAGGGAUUAUCCUCAAGUUCCAAACUGGGUGCAGGCCAUCUUCCCAGUUUUCUCCUUCAGCAAGACCUCAGACUACCACGACAUCAUGUACCCAGCAUGGACGUUCUGGGAGGGUGGCCCUGCUGUGUGGCCUAUAUACCCCACUGGACUAGGAAGGUGGGAUCUAAUGAGGGACCAUCUUAAAAAAUCUGCUGCUCAGUGGCCAUGGCACUACAAAGAGUCCAAAGGAUUCUUCAGAGGUUCCAGAACCAGUUCAGAGCGUGACCCUCUGGUCCUCCUUUCUAGAGCAAUGCCACAGCUGGUUGAUGCAGAAUAUACCAAGAACCAGGCCUGGAAGUCUGACAAGGACACUCUCGGAAGACCGCCAGCCAAAGAAAUUCCAUUAGUUGACCACUGCAAGUACAAAUUUUUAUUCAACUUCCGAGGCGUGGCGGCAAGUUUUCGCUUCAAACAUCUCUUCCUCUGUGGCUCGCUGGUAUUUCACGUGGGCGAUGAAUGGCAAGAGUUCUUCUACCCACAGCUUAAACCCUGGGUCCACUACAUCCCUGUCAAGCAGGAUCUGUCUGAUGUCAGAGAACUAUUACAGUUUGUCAAAGACAACGACGACAUUGCAGAAGAGAUUGCCAUCAGAGGUAUGGAGUUCAUUGCGGAGCAUCUGCAGAUGCAAGAUAUUUCCUGCUACUGGGAGAGACUCCUCACUGAGUUUAGUCAUUUGCUCUCCUACCAACCCCAAAGACGCAACGACUACAGUCAGAUCAUGCCCAAGCACCGCAACACUGAGCUAUAAUAAAGACACUGCAGAAACAAGGGAGGGAGUUGCAGUGAAUGGAAACAACCGACCCAUCCAUCCAACCAUCCAUUUUCUACUGCUUGUCCCUCUUGGGGUAGGAGUGGUAGUAAGGGGGCGGUGGGCUGGAGCCUAUCCCAGCUGCACAAGUAUGGAAGGCCUUGACAGGUCAUUGAAGGGCCGACACAGAUAGACAAGCAUUCACACUCACCACACUAGGCCAUUUUAGCAUUGCCACCAUUUAAUGUAAAUACAACUGAAGUACAUUAACCUUUAGUUGUAAUAUUUUACAAUUGUUUGUAUUAGAUGCAGUGCUCCUGUUUGAAAGGGGUGCUUAAUGUUGAAUAUGUUGUAAUAUUCACAGUUGUGGGGGGAAAAAAUUGUGUUUUAAUGGUUAGCAAAUGUGUUAAAGAUGAUUCAUUGAUAGUAAUGUGACCAAAAAGCUAUGGUAAUGUUAUUGAUCAAACAAUAGCAGGAGGCUUAGGUUCUUAACUGUUUUGCAAAUAACGUAUGGCACGUUAAUACAUUCUUGAACUGUCAUCAGUAUGUGUAUGUUCAGUUACGUUAACUGCGAUUAAACCGUUGGUUUUAUGGCACUUUGAAUUCUUGGAAUGCAACACGGAUGUUUGCUACAGUGAUGAGUGUGUCCUCCACCACACGGGGGCACUGUGUUUUUAUGUCGCUACUAUUGUUUAGAGUUUAGUGACGUCACGUCCGGUUCACGUCCCGUCCAUGAAAUAUGCUUGGUGGUCAAGCGAGCUCUGUUCAUAAAAGGUACUACUGGCUCUAUUUCGACUUUCUCGAUGAAGAAAUGCCCUAUGCUUGUGUUUUCGGCUAUGCGAAUCGCAAAAAGGAUGUACUCAGCGAGUCUAAAAAACAUUGAAUAAAAAAG